AAGGAGGAUCUUUUAUUACAUCUUAAAAAUAAAGUUACAAUCACGAGCAAUAAGUUGCUCAACACACGCUGGACUACACAAAUACCACAUAGCUGUAAGUCCAAUUCGCUUCGCCAAUUGAGCAAGCUCGUGAGCUAUACCAUUUUGCCCUACACCAUUUUGCCCUCUCUUCGUAUGUUCUACCAACCAUGCCGGCAAGCUACACCCUGUAUCUUGGGCUUCUUUGAUAAUGAACCGCAACCGCGAUUUGUAACCCUCUCGAUCUUGGAGCAUCCCCACUAGAGAGCUGCAACCUGUUUCCAGGAUCACUUUCUUUCUACACCACUCUGCUGCUAGCAUGUGCCCCUCUCUACAGGCCAUUGCUUCCACUUCCUCCGCAUCCUGCCCCUAUGCUAUAUUGUAAUGCUCGGGAAUCAAUCUAGAAUUGGGGGCAUAUGGAUCCUGCGGAGGUUCAUGAAAGCUAAUAUUUUUUUCCUCUCCAUUGAAUCUCUACAAUUUCUUACUGCUGGAACGAAAGAUGUGCUGUAGCCUCUCUAAGAUUUCUUGCUGCUGGAACGAGGGAUAGAUUGCAGCCGUAUAAUUCUUGUUUUAGUAAGGGUAGAAUGGUCACAUUUGACAUGAGAUGACGGAAGUGGUAAGCUGCUAACAAAUAUGAUCUUUUGGUGGUACUAUAUUUCUAUAGAUGAAUCUUUGGAUGGUAUAAUAUCUAGAGAUGUGUUGUUUUUUAUGGUAUGGAUCCAAUUAUACCUUUUCAGAAAGACGCAUCUCAAUUCGCCAGACCGACAGUUCCAUCUCACUUACUCGGCUUCCCAGCGUGCCCAGACACCCAAGCUGUGCCUAUAUAUCGCACGUCCAAGCAGAGACCGGGCAAAUAGAUCGAGCAGAACCAGAGCAAGGCAGACGAGGAGUGGAGAAGCAACAAGAAAAAUGGAGGCCGGCAACCAAGGAGCAGAAGCCAACCGGCCGACGCGGCCGGCGCUGCCGCUGUGGGUGCGGAUCCAGCUGGCGGGGCUGACGGCGGCCAUCGACGCCGUGGAGCGCAGCGACGGCACGGUCAACCGCUGCCUCUACGGCGCCAUCGACCGCCUCCUGAGCGCGCGCGCCAACCCGCGCCCCGACAAGUCCGGGGUCCGCUCCUACGACGUCACCAUGGACGCCUCCCGUGGCAUCUGGGCGCGCGUCUUCGCCCCCGUUUCCGCCGAUCGCCCGCUCCCCGUCGUCGUCUACUACCACGGCGGCGGGUUCGCGCUCUUCUCCCCCGCCAUCGGGCCCUUCAACGGCGUGUGCCGCCGCCUCUGCGCCGCGCUCGGUGCCGUCAUCGUGUCCGUCAACUACCGCCUCGCGCCGGAGCACCGGUGGCCGGCCGCCUACGACGACGGCGUCGACGCGCUCCGGUUCAUCGACGCCCGCGGCGGCGUCCCGGGGCUCGGCGCCGAGGUCCCCGUCGACCUCGCCAGCUGCUUCCUGGCCGGGGAGAGCGCCGGCGGCAACAUCGUGCACCACGUCGCCAACCGCUGGGCGGCGCGGUGGCAGGCGUCGGCGAGGAGCCUCCGCGUCGCGGGGAUCUUCCCCGUGCAGCCCUACUUCGGCGGCGUCGAGCGCACGGAGUCGGAGCUGAGGCUGGAGGGCGUCGCGCCCGUGGUGAACCUCAAGCGCUCCGACUUCUCGUGGACGGUGUUCCUGCCCGUGGGCGCGACGCGCGACCACCCGGCGGCGCACGUCACCGACGAGAACGCCGACCUGGCGGAGGAGUUCCCGCCGGCCAUGGUGGUGAUCGGCGGGUUCGACCCGCUCAUGGACUGGCAGCGCCGGUACGCCGACGUGCUGCGGCGGAAGGGGAAGGCCGUGGAGGUGGCGGAGUACCCGGGCAUGUUCCACGGGUUCUACGGCUUCCCGGAGAUCCCCGAGGCCACCACGGUGUUGCACGACAUGAAGGCCUUCGUCGACCGCCACAGGGCCACGCCGCCCAAGACCGACGCCGCGUGAUGAUUGAUGAACUGGAGUUUCUGUUGGUUUAUUGUGUGCGAUCAUGUAGGGAAAAAAAUCAUAAGAAACAAGAUGCAUUCAUGUGUUAUUUGUCAUGCGGAUGUGGAGUCUGUCAUCAAAAGUGCUUUUGUUAUGUACUUAUGUGAACAAGAAACUGUCGAGACGCGAGAGAUAAUGAAAGGCCAAUCUCACCUACCA